GAUGACAAAACAAGUUUUAAACUGAUUAAGAGGGUAUUAUUUCAGGUUUUUAUUGUUUACUGUGUUUUAGUUUAUCUAACAUACAUUUUUCAUGUGAUAAAUAAACAAAUCAAAUGAAAUGUACAAACUUUCCUUUUAAAUAAUUUGUCUUUCUGGUGCAACUAGGAAAGGAUUUGGUUUUAAUUUACAUUAUUUAAAAUUUUACAGUUUUUGAAGAUGAUUCAGGUGUUAGACCCAAACACUGUUUUAAACUGUAAAUAUUUGGUUUCCUUAUUAGCUCUAAUGUAGAUAAAUCAGCAGACAAGCACCUGCCUAUCCAUAAAUCCAUAUUUGCCAUAUUUAAAUUUACGUGUUCACAGUACAGUGAACAAAAACUUUUCUUUCAAGAUUCCAGUCAAGUCACUCACAGUAUGUCUGAUGCAUUUUUAAAAUGACUUAACAUGAAUAAACUGCCAUGUGUUGUAAUGUUAGACAUGUUGAUCUUUUUUAAGUGCUGGAUUCAAGCAGAGAGCAGUCAUGCCGUCUGAUUUAGAGCAGGCCAUGGAGUCCAUGAUCAUGGUUUUUCAUCGGUACGCUGGAAAAGAGGGGUCCAGCGGCACCCUGACCCGCCGUGAACUCCGAACUCUGAUGGAGAACGAGCUUUCUGGGUUUAUAAAGUCUCAGAAGGACCCGACUAUAGUAGACAGAAUAAUGAAGGAUCUGGAUGCCAACAGAGAUGGAGAGGUGAACUUUGAAGAGUUUGUGUCUUUAGUGUUGGGUUUAUCCAUUGCCUGUGAAGAAUCCUACAGGAUGCGAUUAAAGAAGACGCAAAGCUGGAAAUGAAUAGAGAGCAUUAUAAAGAAGAUGAUUUUAUCAUCUAUUAAAAUGUUUGAUUGUGUACAUUUUUUCUUAAGAGUUUUUGUUGAUCCGUAUGCUUGAAUGAGAAUGGAAGGACCAUAAAUAUAAUUCCUUCACUGCUGGGUUAAAGUACACUGGGUGUGUCUGAUAAGAGAUUAUUGGCUUGUUCUUUGUACUUCACACGGUACUCUGAGGAAAUGGGAAUGUUUUAAUAAUUUUCCUUUUUAAAUUAUAUUUUAGGCCUGAUAGGUGGAGAAAUUCAUAUUCAGCUAUUUAUGUUUAUUUGUUGUCCUACAAUAUUACUGUUUUUUUACACUUGGGUGUGUAGCAAACCUCUGUUAAUGGUUACAGUGCAAACACAUAGCUGAUGGGUUAUUAACAGGGUGGUGGGCAGAUAGAAAAGUUAGGGGUGUGUGAUUGUAAAACACACACUGAACCAUUUACAUCUCAUAAACAGCAAUGUUUAUGAUUGACCAUAGCCAUAAUACAUGAUGUUCAUAAAAGUGCACCUAUUUCAUUGCUAAAAAAACAAAGUUAUGUUGUGUAUUUGGUAUAACACAAUGUGUGUGGUUUAUGGUUAAAAAAAAACAUUAUUUUCCACAUACCGUAUAUUUUUGAAGAAAAAUCUUCCUGAAAUGCACAGAUUUUGUAAAAACUCAUCAAUUUGAAAAGCUCUGUGUCCCUGACUGGCCAGCUAAUCUGUACAUUGUGAUUGGCCUGAAUACCUCUGACGUCAGCCGGAA